AGCAUGGACAAGAAGGUGGUAUUGAUCACAGGCUGCUCCUCCGGAAUUGGCCUCAGUUUGGCGGUUCGUUUAGCUUCGGACCCGGAACAACUGUUCAAAGUUUACGCCACCAUGCGGAACCUGGCCAAGAAAGAGCGUCUUCUGGAGAGCGUCAAAGGCCUACACAAGGACACGCUGGACAUUCUGCAGAUGGAUGUCACAGAUUGCCAGUCCAUCCUUGAAGCCCGGGAUAAGGUUGCUGAGAAGCGUGUGGACAUUCUAGUCUGUAACGCUGGUGUCGGUUUGAUGGGUCCACUGGAGGCUCACUCUUUGGACUCCAUGAAGCAGAUUCUGGAUGUAAACCUUCUGGGUACCAUCCAGACUAUCAAGGUCUUCCUACCCGGGAUGAAGGCUCAGCGUGGCGGUCAUAUCCUGGUGACAGGCAGCGUCGGUGGCCUUCACGGCCUUCCCUUUAAUGAGGUCUACUGCGCCAGCAAGUUUGCCAUCGAGGGGGCGUGCGAGAGCUUGGCCAUUCUGCUGCAACAUUUCAACAUCUAUGUUAGUAUUAUAGAGUGCGGCCCGGUCAACACGGACUUCCUGGUCAAUCUGAAGAAGGCAGAGCUCGGCGACUCGUCCCUGCAACACGUGGACGCGCACACGUUGGGCCUAUAUGAGCGAUAUCUGCAGCAUUGCAGUUACGUCUUCCAGAACGCGGCGCAAGACACAGAGGAUAUCGUAAAGGUGUUUUUGGAGGCCAUGCGGUCGCCAAGUCCGGCCUUCAGGUACUUCACCAGCGGGGCGGCGCCCCCCUUGACCGAACUGAAGGUCACCCAGCCAGACGGCCUUCGGUACAUCAGCGCAAUGAGCGAACUCAUCUUCUCGCCCGAUGAACAGUGA